AUGGCGAAACGCUGUCGAAGGGAGUCAGUGGACUCCUUUGAGUCUAGCAUAUCAACUACUCCUCACCUGCAUACACCGACACGAAGGAGCUCGUCGAGAACCCCGCCUGCGAAGAUCACAACCUCUCUUCAUAUGGCAGCAGAUAACCACGCCAAGGUCAUGCAUUGCUCGCUACCGCCGCACAGAGAAACUAUUUCAUUCGCAUCUUACGACGAAUACGAGCGUCAUUACCUUCAGACGCACGUCAACCGCUGCUCAGAGUGUGCGAAGAACUUUCCAACACAGCAUUUCCUUCACCUCCACAUCGAGGAAAAUCAUGACCCGCUGAUUCUCGCUCGACGAGACCGGGAUGAGAAGACAUUUGGCUGUUUUGUAGAAGGCUGUGACAGGAAAUGCUCUACGCCUCAGAAACGCCGAAGACAUUUAAUUGACAAACAUAUGUUCCCUAGGAACUACAAUUUCUUUAUUGUCAAUGAUGGUAUUGAUAAGCAAAAUUCAUUAUUGCGACCCUCGAAUGGUCAGCGUCGCCGGGUCUCAACAACGCAGUCACCCCAAGAAGGCCGACUGAGAAAUAGAAGGACUUCUGUGGAUGUUUUGCACGCGGCAGAAGCCAAACCGUCAAAGACAAGCGAGUCUGAUGAUGGUGGUGUUGAUACUCUAGUCUCAUCCAUGUCUGCAUUGAGUUUUGUGCCGGUAAGUGUGACCAGGCGAUCGGAUUUUCAUAAUAAGACCGGCCAGGGCUAA